GAGAAGAAGAAGCAGAAGCGGAAGUCGCUGGACGCCGCAUGCAGCUGCUGUGAGUUGUCAGUCCUGUGGUCCCAGGCUGGAGUUUUGUUGAAUAACACCUGGCUGUAGACCCUGAAGCAGUAUGACCAGUGUGGACCACGUGGCAGCAGUCGGACAGGUUCUGACAGACCCGGGAGUGGACCUGACCCGGCGUUUUAGAGCUUUAUUCACCCUGAGGAACUUGGGAGGUGCUGAAGCUAUCGAAUGGAUCAGUAAGGCCUUCGCCGAUGAGUCAGCUCUGUUGAAGCAUGAGCUGGCUUACUGCCUGGGACAGAUGCAGGACAGACAGGCCAUACCUACGCUGACUGCAGUACUCAAAGAUACACAGCAGGAGCCGAUGGUCAGACAUGAAGCAGGGGAGGCUCUGGGAGCAAUUGGUGAUCCUGCAGUUCUGGACUUACUAAAGGAGUAUAGUCAGGAUCCUGUCAUAGAGGUUGCAGAGACGUGUCAGCUGGCAGUUCGUCGGGUGGAGUGGCUGCAGUCUGGGGGAGAGAAGCAGCUAGACGAUGGAACUACAGAUAAGAACCCAUACUGCUCUGUAGACCCAGCCCCUCCAGCAGUGAGGAAGAGUGUGUCCGAGCUGCGCUCUUUACUUUUGGAUGAGAGUCUGCCCCUUUUUGAACGCUACCGCGCCAUGUUUGCCCUGCGUAAUCUGGGCAAUGAGGAGGCUGUGCUGGCACUGGGAGAAGGCCUGCAGUGCUCCAGCGCUCUGUUCCGUCAUGAGAUCGGCUACGUCCUGGGUCAGAUGCAGCACCCGGCAGCGGUCCCGGCCCUGCGCGCAGCUCUGGAGCGUUCCGGUGAGAGCCCCAUGGUGCGACACGAAGCGGCAGAGGCUCUUGGGUCCAUCGGCAAAGAGGAGUGUCUGGCAGUGCUGCAGAAUUACCGUGAAGACAGAGAACGCGUCGUCAAGGAGAGCUGUGUGGUCGCUCUGGAUAUGCUGGAGUAUGAAAACAGUGAGCAGUUCCAGUAUGCAGACGGACUGGUCAGGCUGCAGGGUUAAAGGUCUACUCUUCCUCUGGAGGUGCUUUCACUCAUAUCUCUUUUUUUCAACACGUUUGCUACUUUUUGACAACUCAGUGCUACAUCAAUAAAACUAUCGGAUCCUCUGGGAUGAAGCUUUAAAGCAUAAAAGAUAUCCAGCACAUAAAAUCAAAAAUGAAACUCUGAAAACCUACACAAAGCAUAGAAGAGGCGGUGAGCUCUCAGCCUUGGGGUGUGUAGGUGUUUCUGUGUAGGUGGACAGGAAGGAGAAGAGUUCUCUGUGUUCUUUCUCCCUUCAACAUAAGACUGCAUAUGUCUUCACUGCAUCUUCACCUUGAUCACAUACUCUGGUCAGCUUUGGACUGAGGGUUGAAAGCCUGAUGGAUUGAAAUGAUGAUGUUGAGGGCUUUUCUGCUGACAGCCUGUUACCUUGUUCUUUCUUAUUACUUUUAUUUGGUUUUAAUCAGAGCCGUAUGUGAUCAAACAGCCUGAUGGAAUGGAUAUGAGACAGCGCUGUAUGGACUUGUUUUAAGUGUAUGGUAUUGGUUCUGAUCCAGGUCCCACUACAUGAUGUCAAGUCAUUUUGUUAUAGCUUCGCAUAACCUGACCUACAUCCACAGUACAGUUUAGCACCGUGCCACCACUGGAGAUAGAUCUGGCUGAAACCAUCAAAAUUGCGCACUAAAGAAAAGAAACACUCAGGGUUGUUUGUUUGUCUUAAAACCAAUCGCAGUUGUCUUGGACAUCGAUGCCCUUGCAAAAAAGUGCCGGAAGAUAGUGCAAGUGGAGUCGAAACAUUUCUGAAAUAGGCGGCUAAUGGCAGGCUUGUAUGCACAGUCUACAUCCUGUGAGACUAAUUCUGUUAUAGUGUAAUAACUGACAUGAGCCAAAGCUCCAUUGGCUUUGUGUUGUGGAGUUACAAUAAAGUAUUGUAGGGAAAGUUAAUUACAAUCUUUCAUCGGCUACAGAGAUUAACAGUGCAAAAUUGUAGCAGAACCACUAUUUUUCAUGCUCCUCUGAUUGCUCAGUUAAUAGAUUGUUUCGUGGUUUCGAUUUGUAUCUUGCAUUCAGGUGUGUCUUGUGUGUAAAAUUAAAAUGAUGCCGUACACA